AAAAAACUAAAGAACAAGAGAAGACUUUGUAUUCAUUCACUGACGACUUCGGUUUACGCGGUUUAUCUCUCUCUCAUUCUCCGCCCUUUCGUCGGGAUUUGAGAAUUCGUCGCGGAGGAUUCGGAAUUCAAAUCCCAGAUGGGAACACCCGAAUUCCCAGAUCUUGGAAAGCAUUGCACCGUCGAAGAUUGCAAGCAGAUCGAUUUCUUGCCUUUUACCUGCGACCGCUGUCGCCAGGUGUUCUGUUUGGAGCACCGUAGCUAUGUCAAACACAAUUGUCCAACAGCUGAUAGAAAAGACGUAACUGUUGUCAUCUGCCCACUUUGUGCAAUAGGGGUUCGCCUGAAUCCUGAUGAGGAUCCAAACAUCACUUGGGAGACUCAUGUCAAUUCUGAGUGUGACCCUUCUAAUUAUGAGAAAGUCACAAAGAAGAAGAAGUGUCCUGUCCCUGGCUGCAAGGAGGUCCUAACAUUCUCAAACAGACUCAAGUGUAAGGACUGCAAUGUAGAUCACUGCUUGAAGCACAGGUUUGGAACUGACCACAAUUGUCCUGGACCACAGAAACCUGAUGUGGGGUUUCCGUUCAUCGGUCUUUUGAAUAGGGUUAGAAAUGAUGUUUCGGUACCUAAGAAAGCUCCUCCUACAUCUUCAUCAAAGUGGGCUACGAGUUUUCUUAAUGCAGCUUCAAAUGUUCGAGCAUCUGCUGAAGCAGGAAUGACGAAGUUGGGUAGUGAAAUUGGCCAAGCUUGGCAAAUGGCAAGAGAUGGGCUGGGGUCAAGUAGCAGCAACGGGAGAGGAGAAACUGCUCAAAUGGAGGACUGUCCUCAGUGUGGUGCAAAGUUUUCUUCGGUAAUGACGCUGGUAGAGCAUGUGGAGAAGGUCCAUGAAAAGAAAGGGAAUCAAGGUCAUGUGAAGAAGGUUACAAUAGAUGCAUGCCCCAAGUGUAGUAGAGGAUUUCAAGAUCCGGUGGCCCUGGUUGAGCAUGUUGAGAGGGAUCAUGGUGGUACUUCGAAAGCUUAGAAAGGUUUAGUCACCAAACAAAGUAUUCUCCCAUACAAACUCGUACUUCUACAUCAAAUUUUUUUCAUUGAUGGAGGCUGCACAAGAGCAAAUAACUUCUGAGAACUUCAUUCAAAUUGUAGUGGCUCAAUCUAUAAGUUUGAACACAUAAAGGUAUCAGUUCACCUUAGCUGUUGCGAGCCACAUUGAUUAUUUGUAUUUCACUAUUGUUUAACUUAUUGAUUCAAUCAAUUAAACACAUUGUUGUGUUGAAGAAA